AUGUCAGGGGUUAGUGAGGAGGUGAAACAGAUAUCGGUCUUACUCGAAGAUAAUUCAGCAAUUAUCAGACUUUAUUCCCAAAUUAUUGUGGGUUAUUGGAGAGAAAAAUGUUGGGCUGUUUGGUGGGGGUCGGCGUCUCGCAAUACCUUCCUGAUGCUCGGCCUCAGAAACUGCCAAUCAGUUUCAAUUCCGACACCAUGAAGACAACUCCUUCUUUGGACAUCGUCAUUGUUGGGGGUGGACUGGUGGGGGGAUUGGCUGCAUGCGCACUUGCCAAACGGGGACAUUCCAUUCGGCUCUAUGAGUAUCGCUCUGACAUCCGAGUGGAAGAAUCUAGCGGCCAGUCAAUCGACCUCGCCCUAUCCGUUCGAGGAAGAGAAGCCCUAAAAUUAGUUGGACUUGAAGAGAAAAUUGUUAAUCAUCAUGGAAUAGCGAUGAAAGGGCGAAUGUUGCACGGCAAAGACGGAAGUUUGCGAGAAAUGAUCUACGACAGUGUGAAAAAAAACUGCAUUUAUUCUGUAAGUCGCAAAUAUUUGAAUCAAGUUCUUCUGGAUGCUGCUGAUCAAUAUUCAUCGGUGACCCUAAUUUUCAAUAAAAAAUUGAUUGACGCUGAUUUGGAUCAUGGAAAACUGAAAUUCAUUGACACAAAUAAUCGAGAAAUUGUGGAAGUCAAUGCUGAUUUAAUUAUUGGCGCUGAUGGGGCGUAUUCUACCGUGAGAAGAACAAUGAUGAAACGACCCGGAUUUGAUUUCUCACAGACUUAUAUUGAACAUGGCUACGUAGAAGUGAAUAUCCCACCUCGAAUGAUCGACGAAAAACAUUCUAAUAAAGGUGUUCAGUUUUGCAUGAGUUCGAAACACCUACACAUUUGGCCUCGCGGUAGUUUCAUGAUGAUAGCAAUGCCAAACGACGAUUACACAUUCACCGGAAAUUUAUUUGCACCUCUCGAGAUUUUGAAUAGUCUUGAUACACCAGAGAAGCUCGUUAAAUUUUAUGAGCAAGAGUUUCCAGAUGUUCUUCCGAUAAUUGGUAAUAAGCAAGCACUGAUUGACACGUUCUUCACUGCCAAACCGAAAACACUUAUCUCAAUUAAAUGUAGUCCUUAUCAUUGCGGUAAGAGUAUCAUUUUGGGGGACGCUGCCCAUGCGAUGGUGCCAUUUUAUGCCCAGGGCAUGAACGCUGCAUUUGAGGAUGUCGUUCUGCUGGAUGAAUUAUUAGAUCAUUACAAAGAUGACAUAAAUAAAGCCCUCCCAGCCUUCUCCAGACACAGAUGUUCAGAUGCCCAUGCCAUAUGCGAUCUUGCCAUGUAUAAUUACAUCGAGAUGCGUGAUUUGGUCAUGAGAAAAUCGUUCGUUGCCCGAAGAAAUCUAGAUACAAUCCUCCACCGACUCUGGCCCAACAGUUGGCUCCCACUCUACAGCACCAUUCACUUCUCUCGCAUGAAAUUCCGGGAUUGCAUUGCAAAUCGCGAAUGGCAGAACAAAGUACUGAGCAGAUGUUUAUGGUGUCUGGGUCUUCUCACUCUCGCUAUUUUCAUCGCAUCAGCGACUCUUCCCUCCAUCGCCUAUUGAUCGAAGGAAAAAAAAAAAUCUAUCCUGAUAAUUAUUCA